CGUCCAUCUACUCCGGUCUACCUGCUUUCAAGCAAUUGAAUCACCAGACAAAUGUUCCCCAGUCAGUCGAAACCCUAAUUCUUAAUAAUCCAUAAACAUGGAACCAUACAUUCUUCAAACUGCGUUCUCGAUUUGCGACUGAAUCAUCGAGGAUGGACAUGCAACACAAUCACAAUAAUCUGUUUGAGAGACGAUCCAUUACCAAUUCCAAGGCCCCCACCAUCAAGUGGUUCAAAGAAUGGGUUCCACAAGAUGUUGUGACAACUGGAGGAAAAUGCUUGAUUUUGAAAUGGGUCAAUGAGGCUACAUUGAAGGCUUUGAGGGAGCAGCCGAAAGAACCAGAGACGGUAGAGCCAGAGCCAGAACCAACUACUGAAGUUCUUUUCCUUUGUAGCUUUGAGAAUUGUGGAAAGACAUUUAUUGAUGCGGGGGCUUUGAGAAAACAUUCUCAUAUUCAUGGAGAAAGGCAAUAUGUUUGUCACUAUGAGGGUUGUGGAAAGAAAUUUUUAGAUAGUUCAAAGCUGAAAAGACACUUUCUUAUUCAUACAGGGGAGAGAGAUUUUAUAUGUCCACAUGAAGGCUGUGGUAAGGCAUUCUCACUAGAUUUCAAUUUAAGGUCGCACAUGAAAACGCAUUCGCAGGAGAAUUACCACAUUUGCCCAUACAACGAUUGUGGAAAACGAUAUGCUCAUGAGUACAAACUGAAGAACCAUAUCUCAUCUCAACAUGAAAAGAAUGCGGUUGAAAUGAUGGUGCCCGUGCCUGUGCCUGUGUUGAAGUAUUCUCAGCCUCCAGAGAAGCCAGUGAGAACUCCGAAGGCAAGCAGUACUCACGCUCCAGUCUCAUCAGACAGGCCUUUUGGUUGUCCAUACGAUGGAUGUGAAAAGGCCUAUAUCCAUGAAUACAAGCUGAAACUUCAUUUAAAGCGAGAGCAUUCAGGCCAUUUCUCCGAUGAGAAUGCAAAGAACAUGCUAGUUGAUCAACACGAUAUGAUGAAUGAAGGUAGCGAUCAAGAUGUUUAUACUGGGAAACGUGCAAGUAGCAAAGCUGUUCAGAAACGAAGCAAGCCCAAGCCCAACUUGAAGCAGCUGCCUCCUAUGAAAGUUGGGCGGAAAGGGACUAGCACAUCUGCUAAUGUGAAUGUGGUGAGAAAACCGUGGCCUGUCAUGAAGGAUGAUAAUGUAUAUGAGGAAGAAGACAGUGAAGAAACGGAAGAAGACAUGGAUAAUAAUGUUGAGGGUGGUGCUGGAUGGAGGUAUGGAGAGAACAUUGAGGAUGAUGACGACGAUGAUGAAGAGACUGAGGACGAGGAUUAGGCUCUUACAUUUUCAUUUGUACUGCUGUUUCUUCUAUUUUGUGUUUGACAAUUAUUUUAUGAAGAAAAAUUAUCUUGUAAUUUCUUCUUCUUCUUCUCCAAGGUUUCAACCUCUUUUGAUCUCCAACA